AUGAAAAAUAAAAAGAAAAUGUAGGAUCUUUUUUAACGGAAGGAAACUCUAGCAGGCAUCUUUUAUUUGAUUGAAGAUGUAGAUGAACAAAUCUUUGGGAUUAUAUUAGUAAUAUUAAGAAAGGAAAAAGCGUAAGACUGCAUUAGAUUUCUAUCAGAUAAGGGGAAUCAAAGACAAUUAGAAUCAUAAAUUUUGCAAAAAGUAACGAGCUUUACCUAAGCUGAUACAGAAUGGAAAUUGUCAGUUGUUAGAAAAGACUUGAAAAAAGCUAACGAUAUCCUAAAAGAAUUAAAAGAUCAUGACUUCAAUAAGUUAGACUAUUCCUCUGAAGAAAAUGAAGAGUCUACAUUAGGUCUUAUUAAAAGCAUCAAGGAUAAUAGAAGGAUCAUUGAAUUUCUGUAAUUUUUGGUUCUCCUCACCUCUAUUGAUAAAAAUUUAAUAUAGGGUGGGUCUAAUUCAUUACAUUUAUUAGUCUUAAUGAAGGUAAACCUUAGGAACAAAAAUUUUGAAAAUAUAAAAAUCUGUAAUACUUCUUUAGAGGGAGCUAAUUUUGUUAGGUGUAAUUUUAGUGGAUCUUAAUUUAAUAAUGUCAACAUAAGCGGAAUAAAUCUAAAUGGGGCAUUAUUAUUGAAUUGUAAGUGGAGAGACUUAAUAAUCCUUGAAUUAAAUAAAUUACAUGGUCAUGAUGAUUAAGUAAGUUCAAUUUGCUUCUCUCCUGAUGGAAAUACAUUAGCAUCUGGUAGUGAUGAUAAGUCUAUUCGUCUUUGGGAUGCUAAAACAGGAUAAUAAAAAGCCAAAUUAGAUGGUCAUACUAGCGCUGUCUAAUCAGUCUGCUUCUCUCCUCAUGGAAAUACAUUAGCUUCUGGUAGUAGAGAUAACUCUAUUCGUCUAUGGGAUGUAAAGACAGGAUAAUAAAAAGCAAAAUUAGUUGGUCGUACUAGCGCUGUCUACUCAAUCUGUUUCUCUCCUGAUGGAAAUACAUUAGCUUCUGAAAUUGGUGAUGGGUCAGUCCUAUUAUGGGAUACUAAAACAAGAAAGAAAAGAGCCAAAUUAUAUGGUCAUUCAUUUUAUUUCUACUCUGUCUGUUUCUCUCCUGAUGGAAAUACAUUAGCUUCUGGUAGUGUAGAUAACUCUAUCCGUCUAUGGGAUUUCAAAACAGGAUAAUAAAAAGCCAAAUUAGAUGGUCAUACUAGUGCUGUCUAAUCAGUCUGCUUCUCUCCUGAUGGAAAUACAUUAGCUUCUGGUAGUGUAGAUAACUCUAUUCGUCUAUGGGAUGUAAAGACAGGAUAAUAAAAAGCAAAAUUAGUUGGUCCUACUAGAGCUGUUAACUCAGUCUGUUUCUCUCCUGAUGCAACUACAUUAGCUUCUGGUAUUUAUUAAGGUAUUUGUCUAUGGGAUGUAAAAACAGGAUAAUUAAAAGCCAUAUUGGAUGGUCAUGAGAAUGAUGCUAUGUCAGUCUGUUUCUCUCCUGAUGGAAAUAUAUUAGCUUCCGGUAGUAGUGAUAACUCUAUCCUUCUUUGGGAUGUCGAAAGAGGAUAAUAAAAAGCCAUAUUUGAUGGUAGUAUUAAAGAUGUUAAUUCAGUCUGUUUUUCUCCUGAUGGAAAUACAUUAGCCUCUGGUAGUGAUGAUAACUCUAUCCGUAUUUGGAAUGUAAAGACAGGAUAAGAAAUUAAAUCCUCUGAUAAAAAUUACAAAGAUCUUUUAAUAUAAUUUACGAUUGCAUUCCAAAAAAAUAAUUUUCUAUCAGAAGGUUGUAUAUAUCUAUUUGAUAUUAUUAGGCUCUAAUUACAUUAAUAUACUUCGUAUAUCCCAAGAGGCUAUAUUUCAAGCUAAAGGAGCUUUUAUUCUAAAAGGAGAAUUUUUUGAUGAAUCAGGUUUUGAUUUAAAGACAUUUUUGAAACAAAAAGGAAGUUGCUUUUUAGAAGAUUUAAAGAAAAAGUGA